CCUUGACGUCGAUGCGAAUCUUCUUAUUAUAAAUGUUUUGAUUCAUUUCUUCAUGUGUUUAUAAAAUGGGAACAUGUUUAAGAGGUUCAAAUGUUUUAUGGAAGGCAAAAUUAUUUCAGAGGAUACAGUUAAUCCAAUGUGCAUCAUGUUCACAACUACAGAAUUCCAGCAUGAAGGGCUCAUAUCCCAGAAUUUCAGCCCCCAUGAAGAUAAAAAGAUCUCCGACGGCAGUACUUGAAGCACUCGAAGAAACAGUCGGCCAUGAGUGCAGAGAUUACGGAGUAUAUCAAAUAGACGAUCCGUUCCUAUAUUACAACCAUUACAGAAAGGUUACUGUCAUGCUAGCUAAUAUAUCAGGGAGAAAAACGGGCAAACUGAUGGCCGAAAAGUAUGCAGCCUUGUUUGAGGGGACCCCAGCUCACACCCCAGUGGAACCUCCCAUUGAGGCAUUUAAUCCCAUGGAGGAGGUAAAGGAAGAUGAUAUAGAGGAGGCGAUCAAAGAAUACAUCAAGAGAAGAGAUGUAGACAAAGUGAUCGAACUCUGCGAAUCGGAACAAUUGACAGAUGGUAGUACCUUGAGUGACGAAACUUAUGAAAGUUUGAUAUACUUCUUAAGCUUUCACCUAGAAACAGAUCACAGCAUUACAGAUGCUCAGGAAGCGGAGCUCAACAACAGAGUGAGAGGAGGAAAGAGGUAUGAGUUUUUAGUUACAAAGUUUCUAUGCGAGGAAAAGCAGACUCCAGAGCUAUUUAAUGCAGUUUUACGCUUCUAUCUUACCAGCAGGAGUCCUAGUAAUAUUCAAAAUAGAAAAAAGCAAUAUGAGUUGUCCUUAAAGAGCAAAGUUCCAUUAGAACGACUGACAUACCACUAUCUCCUUGCCAAUUCAAGAAAAGUCUUGGAUGAUUUGAGUAUUGCUAAAAGUGUAGAGAGAAUGAUGUAUGACAUGAAAGCGGCUGGCUACAGCCCCACCCUAGAGACAUUCAACCACGCCCUGAUGGGGCUUGUGUGGCCGAAGGAGUUCAACAACGGAGACGAAGCCGUUAACUUGGAAUUCAGCUUGAAGCUAAUUGCAGAAAUGAAACAACUCGGAAUAGAGCCCAGUCUGGACACAUGGAGUAUAUUCAUCUCACAGUUUGAUACACAAGUAUUUCCAAAGGGUCGCAAUUCGGAUGUAAUGCGGAUAAUGAAUAGUAUAAUGGAUGAGAUCGAGGAUAAAAAGUUUAAGGAUGUUGGCAAAGAAGGCAGGAUGUUUUUGCCAAAAGCAAUGAAAGUGGCUCUAUUUCAUCAGGACCUGGAAUUUGCCUAUAGACUGGAUGCGUUCUACAAAAAAGGCCAGAACUACAAAAUAAUGAGUGACAUCGACUUGUACAAACAUAGGAUGAUACUGUUUAUUUUGGCUGCCUACUUGGAGUCAGACAUGGCAAAGGUUGUCUCCCUGGUUACUGCUCUUCAGCCAAUGGAUGAAGUAUAUUUCCUACCAGGACUCCGUGUGUUUAUCAACUCCUUAAAAGUGACUAAAUCAUACCAAUUUAUUCCUGAUUUACUCCCAACUUUCCAAACCAGCCAUCGCUGUAUCCACCAGAUUUUAGACUUUUUAGCAGAUAAAAAACAGCCACAGAUGAUUCAGAUGAAGAUGUCUGAAUAUGUCAAAGAUCUUCUGGAGUUAAUGCCUGCUCUGAUGACGAGAAAUGUGAGAUUUUACAUUGAGACCUAUGAGUUUAUGAUGAUCAUCGCACUGAAUGCAGAUAACAUGAAUCUUGCUUGGGAUAUAUUCUCUUUCUUGGUAGAAAACAGGAAAAAUAUUAGAGGAGAGCUUAUGAACAUCAAACCUUUUGAAGAUUUGCUGAACUUUUAUAUUGAUGCCGAUGAUCUAAGAAACUGCAGUGAGAUAGUCAAGUUUGUGGCCAAAGAUUGUCCACCAGAGGUUGCUAAAGCCAUGAUCGAGAAAAUCGAGAUGAAUGUGCCAAUGAAUGAAUUAGAAAGAACACAGUUAGAAAAGAUGAGGGAAAUGACAGCGAGGACGUAUAGGAAAUAUUCCGUUCAAUAAAAUGACCGUUGUAUCUGUA